AUGGCGUCCUCAACCUCAGAAAAGAGAUGGAUUUUCCCUCUAGCAAUGGCUUCUCUCAUGUUCAUAUUCCUCGCAGCUGCAUCAUUCAACAUGGGUCUCCUCUCAUCCGUCCGCACCAUCAACUCACUCUUCUUCUCCUCCAACCUAUCAACCACAAGCGAAACAACCGCCAAGUUCGCAGAGUCAAAGAUCAACCAGUCCCCUCUUCAUCCUCCUCCUCCUCCAGUACAGUCUAGUCCUCGCUUUGGUUAUCUAGUUUCAGGUUCAAGAGGUGACUUAGAGUCUCUAUGGAGAGUGUUGAGAGCACUGUACCAUCCUAGGAACCAAUACGUUGUCCAUCUCGACCUCGAGUCUCCCGCUGAAGAAAGACUCGAGCUAGCUAAACGUGUGAGAGAAGAUCCUAUUUUCAGCGACGUUGGGAAUGUUUACAUGAUCACAAAAGCUAACCUCGUUACUUACCGAGGACCUACAAUGGUCGCCAAUACGCUCCACGCUUGCGCCAUUUUAAUGAAACAGAGUAAAGACUGGGACUGGUUCAUUAAUCUCAGCGCCUCUGAUUAUCCUCUAGUGACUCAAGAUGAUCUUAUUCAUACAUUCUCAGAGCUGGACAGAAACCUUAACUUCAUAGAUCACACUAGCAAACUUGGCUGGAAAGAUGAUAAACGAGCAAAGCCACUGAUCAUAGACCCGGGGCUUUACUCGACCAAGAAGUCAGAUGUCUUUUGGGUUACACCUCGCAGAACCAUGCCAACUGCAUUCAAGCUUUUCACUGGUUCUGCAUGGAUGGUUUUAUCUCGUUCCUUCGUAGAGUAUUGCAUAUGGGGAUGGGACAAUCUUCCACGUACACUGUUAAUGUAUUACACUAACUUCCUCUCUACACCGGAAGGAUAUUUCCACACGGUGAUAUGCAACGCGCCGGAGUAUUCUUCCACGGUGGUGAACCACGACUUGCAUUACAUCUCGUGGGACCGUCCUCCCAAGCAGCAUCCUCGGACGCUCAACAUCAACGAUACGGAGAAGAUGGUUGCGAGUGGAGCUGUGUUCGCACGCAAGUUUAAACACGAUGAUCCUGCUUUGGACAAGAUUGAUAAAGAGCUGCUCGGUAGAGGUAAUGGCAACUUUACACCUGGUGGUUGGUGUGCAGGCGAACCGAAAUGCUCUAGGGUUGGUGAUCCUUCCAUGAUCAAACCCGGUCCUGGAGCUAACCGGCUACGAGGGCUUGUUGCUAGACUUGUUUUGACAGCUAAACUCACUCAAAGGCAAUGUAGAUAG